CUGCAACAAAAAUGGUGAAAUCAGUUGUAUUUCUGAAUUUGAUUUUGAUAUUUAUCAUUUCUGUGAAUUGUCAAAAUCCAGAUGGAUUCUUGUACGGCGGCGACGGCAAAAUCGAUAUAACAAAAUCAAUAGUAAUCGAAGCUUUCUUAGAUCCAGUUUGCCCAGACAGUAGAGAUUCAUGGCCGCCUCUCAAAAAAGCUCUCCAUCACUACGGUUCUCGUGUUUCUCUUGUAGUUCAUACUUUCCCUUUGCCUUACCAUGACAAUGCAUUUACUACAUCGCGUGCGUUGCACAUUGUCAAUAAGUUGAAUUCUUCUGCCACAUUCAGAUUACUAGAGGCUUUCUUUGAUCAACAGGACAAGUUUUAUAACCAAGCAACGUUCAACUUGUCCAAAGCGUCUGUUGUGGAUGAAGUCGCAAAAUUUACAUCCAAUAAAAUUGGGAAUUCGAAUUACGCUGCUGUAAAGGCUGGAUUUACUGACCCCAAAACUGAUCAAGCAACAAGAAUUUCCUUCAAGUAUGGUUGUGUGAAAGGCGUAUAUGGGGCACCUUUUUUCUUCGUAAACGGGUUUCCUUUACCUGAUGGUGGCUCACCAUUGGACUACAAAACAUGGAGAGAUGUCAUUGAUCCAUUGAUUUCACCUGAAGAACAAUUAAGAGCUGAAAAUUUGAAUUUCUUCUUGUGAAAAUCUGAUCUUUUAGUCUCCAAUUGUAUCUGUACUCUUUAUAACCUAAUGUCCUGAGAGCUAGAGAGACAAAUUAAACUCAAUAGUUCUUAUGUUUAGACAUAUAUAAUGAAAGUUUAUUACUUUUA